GCCGUAUGCUCGUUUUAUUUUCGCAAGGUGCGACAAUUAACUUAAAAAAUCUAAUUUUUGUUAACAUUUAUGUGAAAAAAUUAACUUUAUGACUAAAAAAUAGUUCCCAACCAUUCAACGCUUGAAGUAUUUAGUGUGCGACAUAUAACCGAAGCCAAGGCUAAAGAGAUUGUCUCAAGAAAAUAUUUCAUGCGAUGGUAGCGGCAAAUGUGUAGAUUAUCGAGGAGAAAAAUAAGUUUUAAACAAAAGAAGUCUCCUAAAAAUAACUAAAACUUUGGAAAUUUUAAAAAAUAAUUAUUUUUGGCUAGUUUUUGAGAAGUUUAAACGGUAGUAGUACUUUGCGUAAAAAGUACUGGUGCACACUAAAGCAAGAAGUGUGAGUAGGUGUCCGUAAAAAAGUAAUUGAAGUAAACUAUAUAAUAUUGUGUAGCAUUUGAAAAAUAAAAAAUCAAAGCAACCGUUAUCGGAAGACAUGUCUCAGCACGUGCAAGAUGCCACAGUCUUUGAGAGACGAUUACGGCCAAUUUACGAUAGUCUGGAAGUUGGCAAUAAUCGCAAGGCUCUUCAAGAGACCGAAAAACUACUUAAAAAACAUCCAAAUAUGUGGUGCGCUCGUGCUUUAAAAGCAUUGGCUCUACUGCGGCUGGGACGAUAUGAAGAGAGCCAAAUCAUGUUAAAGACUGUGAGUAGUGAGAAGCCGGUAGACGAUCCAACAUUGCAGGUGCUGUCUUUCUGCUACAAAGAAUUGGAACAACUGGACAAAAUUGUAUAUUUGUAUAAUAAUGCGGUGAAACAAUCACCCGGCAAUGAGGAGCUACUGGCGCAUCUCUUUAUAUCCCAUGUACGCCUGGAGGAUUUUAAAUCGCAGCAAUCGGUUGCGCUGCAAUUGUAUAAGGCACAGCCAAAGACCGCCUAUUAUUUUUGGGCCGUGAUGAGUGUUGUUCUACAGGGAAUACGAGGGCCCGAAAGCAAGUUUCCGGAGAAAACAAAAAUUUAUUUAGCACUUGCCCAGCGUAUGGUUGAAAAAAUGAUCAAUGAAAACAAACUUGAAUCGGAGCAAGAGGUUUUUCUUUAUUUGCAUAUCUUAAAGCUGCAAGAAAAGUAUAAAGAGGCUUUGGAAUUUCUUAGUGGAGCGCUAUGUGAAAAAUUGUAUCCAGGUGCUCCCGUUUAUAUGAAAAUCGAUUUGCUAAAGCAGUUGAAAAUGUGGCAGGAGACCAAUACACUACUAAAAGAUUUAUUGAAAGAUGAACAUGACCGUUGGGACUACUAUCAGGACUACCUGCUAAGCUGUUUUGAGUUACUGAAGGAAAGUCCAGACGACUCGCCAACAGAGAAAUCUGACGAUGGGAAAGACACGAACGCAUUAAAUACAUUGGAUGAGUGCCACGAUUUUCUAUGCCAGAUGAUGGAGGCCGCUGAGCGGAAGGUACGUGGUCCGUAUUUGGCGCGUUUGGAGCUCCACAAACGUAUGCGUGCACAUGGCAUGGAUGCAGAAGCGCUACUUGGCGACUUCUUGGAGUUGAUUACUGAAUAUUUUCGCUUGUUUGGCGAUAAGCCAUGUUGCACACACGACAUUGCGCUCUUUUUAACUUCUAUUAGCAUGGACACACGCCAACAGUUAUCUAGCAAGUUACUACUGGAAAGUGGAAUCAGCUCCACGAAAUUGCCACAGAAUAAAGAACAAAUGCAAAAGCACAUUUGUGCUUUACAGAUUUCAAGAAUUUGUGGCUCACAUUUGGACUUACAAACAGAACACUUACUUGCAUUUUAUACGGCACUGAAAUUACACUACGAGCAUGGCCUUAGUACUUUUGGCAAAAAUUUGUUGCAUACCGAUAUGGGCCCAUCCGACCCCUAUGCGCUGUUGGCUGCAAAUGUAAUGUACGAUGUUAGUUUGAGAGAACAAAAAUCAGAUAGAAUUUUUGAGGCACUGUGCCUAUUACAGUAUGUGCUUCGUAAUAGCACCAGUAAUUUUCAUGUGAAACUGCUUAGUCUAAAGAUUUAUCACAUGUUUGGUUGCAUGUUGGGUGCACAAGAAAUGUACGAUUACUUGGACAUUAAACAGAUACAACUCGACUCGAUGAGUUACAUUCAUUGCAACCUUUUGCCAUUGUGCAGUCGCUUCUCUAUGGCUCGCAAUGUUUUCGAUGCAACACUGAAAUUUUUCACCAAUAGCUACAAAGAGCGGUUGGAAUAUAUAACAUUAACAUAUCGGUUCUGUACAUUUUCCAAAUUGGAAGAAUUCAUGAAUUUUAAGGAGCGUCUUACCAACAGCAUUCAUUAUGUGAGCACCUCUAUAGAGGCGCAAUUGUGUGAUCUUGUAAUGCUGUAUGGCAAUGUACGACAGAAUAUAGCAACGUACACCGCUAUGAGCAUUGAACCUGCAGAUGAUCGUAUUUCAUGGCAUGAAUUGUCCGACAAUCGAGACUUGGGCGCACUAAUACGAUGGGACCCGGUGCAUUUGCUUGAUGUCGAUGAGGAGCGCAAAGAAUCGUUCAAUCAGGAAGUGGAAGUGUUACAAAUACGUCAGCUUUUACUGCGGUUGGUAGCAUCAUUUGUUGACAUUUUCUACCAGAAACCAAAUUUGGAUCCAGCUAAUGCAACAAAUGAAAAGCAAAAAACCGAUGGAAGCAUUACCAACAAAAAGGCGAAUCAAACAACAGCUAACAGCAAAAGCAAUAGUCAGUGUAACAACAGCGACGUGGAAAUUAUUAAGGAAACCGAAACGAUCGAGUUGCUUCGUGAAUCAUGGACUGGUCUAUUUAAGCGCCUGCGUCUUAUGAAUUAUAAGCCAUUGUCGAAUCGCUAUCUAGUCAAUCUCCUCCCAACUCGACUGCAUCUUUUGCUUGAAGUGCCGUAUGAAGAGUUCUUUAGUGCGUUGGCACAGCUCAUACUGGAUCUGUAUACUGGUGCCGGUAAUCUACCAAUGCAGUGUAAAAUAGUUAGCGACAAUGCGACGAAAAUUGUGCAACUUUGUGCACAUGUCAUUGCGGAAAGUGACGCAGCGGCCGAUGGGCUUUGGCGGCGACGCGAAUGGCAGAGCAAAGUGGCGGCGUGUGUAGAGAUACUAUCGUUAUACGCUUUCGUAUUGUCGUUGAUUCAUGAGAAAAUGCAACAGCCGGGUAAGGCUAAGCCACGGAAAAAGACGGGACAGGAGAAUAGCGAUGUGAAUGUUAUCCAUGAAAAAGAGCGUAGCCAAUUAGUGGUUGAAUUAAUGCGUAGUUUGAAAAAACAAUUUCAAAGCUGUGAAACUGCCAUUGUUAACUGGAAGACACCGACGUUGCCGCGUGAACUAAACUCUUUUAUGGCGGAUAUGUCGCUUAAACCAGAAGUCGAAGCAACGCUCAUCGGCGACGUUGCGUCCAUAUUCAAAGAGUCGCAUGAACUGAUGGUUACAGAACUUAGAAAUUUAAUCAAAGAUAAAAUGCGCAUGUUGUGCAAGUAAAUUGCUCGUCGUCGUCAUGUCGUCUUCGGCGCUUCACAACAGUGUUCUUUUUUGCUGUGCAAAUCAAAACAAAAAAAAUAUAAACAACAACAGUGAAAUUAUGAAAAUUUUAAACAAAUAAUUUGGGUUUUAAAUGAUAACAAAUUAAGAAUAUCUUCAACAAAGUAACAGCAAUUGGGUAAAAAAAAAAGAAAUAAAUUCACUUAUAUUAAGAAAAGUUGUUGGAAAUUUUCAAAAACAAAUCAAAGGGAAAGUGUAUGUAAAUGAUGACUCCAACCUUCCAAUUCUCCAGAUCAUUUUGCUCGUCUAUUAUUAGACUUUAAUCAAUACAUUUACGUGAAACUAAUAGAAAACUAAACUAACGCGAAUAUUUUGUUAUUUAAUUUUUAGUUAAUAAAUAAUCGUACUUGGGAAGUGUA